AAGUUAAUGACUUAUUUGAAACUAAACACGACCUUAACCAGGUCCUGAGUACCGCACCCGGCAAAACAGAUAAAGUAACCGCCCAACGCGACGCGACGGCCAUACAAUGCUGCCGCCGUCUUGCCGCCUGCUCCCUCUCAUCUCGCCGCCUCCUCCGCACUCCCUGCACGUCGCCAAAGCUCUCAUACCCAGGCAGACCCAUGCCUUGGCCCGGGCCCGGGCCCGAUCCGUUGCCCCCACCAUGUCUGCUCAGCUAGAUGCCGCCCUUUCUGCCGGCUUCGUCCGUCUCCUCAACGCCGGCCAGGAGGACGCGUACCGCGGCGGCGGGCACUACGACCCGAAGUCGGGGGACUACGCCGUCGGGAUCGUUGUCUCUGGCACCGAGGCUCGCCUCGACGUCGCCGUUGGCGCUGACCGCCUCGCUACGCUCCUCACUAAGGAGCUCCUCCCGCUUUGCCGCGCCGAGUUCCCCACUGGAGGUGUUAAACCGGUUCCGCCUCGGCCAGGGAGCGUGGGCGUCUUGGAGGCCUCCCCCAUGGAUGAAGAGACCCAAAAUCAGAAGCGCGGGGCCAGGACGCUGGUGCCGCCCGGCACGGUGGUCUUCGCGGAGGUGCUCGGGCGCACACUGAGCGGGCGGCCGCUGCUGUCGGCGAGGCGGCUCUUCCGACGCCUCUCGUGGCACCGGGCAAGGCAGAUUAUGCAACUUGACGAGCCAAUUGAGGUUAAAAUUUACGAGUGGAAUACUGGUGGACUACUUACAAGAAUUGAGGGUUUGAGAGCAUUCCUUCCCAAAUUUGAGCUCAUGGACAGGAUAAGUACGUUUACAGACUUGAAAAAUAAUGUUAGUCGCUGCAUACGUGUGUGCAUUAUAAGGCUAGACGAAGAAACGAAUGACCUCAUAGUUAGCGAGAAGAAAGCAUGGGAAAUGACAUAUCUUAAAGAAGGAGCUCUUCUAAAAGGGAAUGUACACAAGAUUUUUCCAUAUGGUGCGCAAAUUAGGAUAACUGGGACCAACAGAAGUGGAUUACUGCACAUCUCCAACAUUAGUCAAGGCCGUGUCUUGUCAGUAAGUGACAUCCUAAAAGUAGAUGAUGAGCUGAAAGUUCUGGUGAUCAAGUCAAAUGUUUCUGACAAAAUUGCACUCAGCAUAGCAGACCUGGAAAGUGCUCCUGGUUUAUUUCUGUCAGAUAAAGAGAAGGUGUUUUCAGAAGCUGAGGAAAUGUCAAAGAGGUACCGGGAGCAACUUCCAGUUGUCUCUCGGAACACUAAAUUAGAUUAUGACCUUCCAGGGGGGACUAUUCCGUUUGAUAAUGAAGCGAUGCUUUAUGCAAACUGGAAAUGGUUCAAAUUUCUGAGACAUGCCAAAUUUGCUGACGAAAAUGAGUAGAACAUAGUUGCAGCUGAUGUUUAUUUCAUGCACUGGAUAUUGUAAGGAGAAUUUGGUCCCUGUCGAACAAGAGAAUGCAUGCAAGCAAGCUACUGUAGUUGCAAACAUAUCAAGUGGGACCUUCAUUGGACGACCUAAAUUGAAACAGUAUUAACGGCUCUUACUGAGUGGACCGCGUGCAGUACAGUACCUGCCAUAACCAAGCAAGAUCAAGUUUUCUGAGCAGGAACGGACGGCUUCAGUCGAUGAAGGUCACAACAAGCAUUAGUUUGCUGACAACAAAAGAGACUUUCUGGUCACGUUAAUAUUCAUGGCAAAACUCUGAUGUACUACCUUGGAUGAUACUGUUGUGGAUGCAAAGUAUGAUCUCCUCGUACCAUUGCUUA